AUGCCCCGCCGAACACCACCCCGCGACUACGACGAAGAAGAUGACUUCUAUGAAGUUGAACGAGAGCGAGACCGCCGGCCGCGCCGACGAGAUCGCGACUAUGAAGAUGUGGAAUUUCGUCGUCGAAGGUCCGAGCCGCUAGCUGAGGAUAUGGAGCGUAUGCACAUCCGAGAACGUCCCAGGCGAGACUUCAUGGACGAAAGCUUUGCACCGCCGCGAGCACGGGAUGAUGUGGUUCGCACGCGGACAAAGGAGGAGGUCGAUAUUGUCUCAUCUGACCGCGACGAUGUCUCCACGCGGCCAUCUGGGCCCCGUCGUAGACCUCAUUUCCGUGAUGAAGACGACGAGGAUCUUGUUUUUGAGGAACGAGAGACACGCCGGGGCAGUCGACGUCAUCCACGCGAAGUUGACAAGGAUUUUAUUUUUGAGGAGAGAGAAAGGCGGCCAGAGAGGAGGCAUCGUCCCGGGCGAGAGCGAGAAGUUGAAGAUGAUCUUGUCAUUGAGGAGAGAGAAAGGGAAAGAGGUGGUGGUAGGAGGCGUCGUUCAGAGCCGAUAUUCGAAGAGGAUGAGGAAAUCAUCUCCGAACGGCCAAGACGCCGAGGGAGCAGGCACCGUUCCCGGGAAUCUGAAGAGGAUGAUCUGAUCAUUGAAGACAGAGAAAUACGCAGGGGGAGUCGGCGUCAUCCAGAACGAAUGUCCGAGGACGAUCUUCUCGUUGAGGAGAAAGAAGUGCGCCACCACAGGCGACGUCCAGAAAGCGGAUUCGAAGAGGAUCUGUCAGUUGAGGAGCGGGGGAAACAUAGAGGAAGAAGACGUCGCCCCGAGCGCGAAUUUGAGGAAGAGGAAGUGUUCAUCCGACGGAAAGAAAGGGAAGAGCCCCCGUUAGAUCGCGGAUGGGAAAGUGAAAUCGACGUGCGAUCGCGCGAAAGGAUACUGGAGUUUGAGGAAGAAGACCCAUACCGCCGACGACGGCCACGGCCACGGCCUCCGCCUCCCCAAACGGUCCAGGUGGAAGAGGUCAUCCUUGACGAUGCACCCCCAAAGCGACGCCGAGGACCAGUCGAUUUUUCAGAUCGAGAAAUUGAAGAGGAUGUGGUCAUCCGGCGGAAGGACAAGGGGCCACGACCAGACGACAGUGAUGACGAGGAGAAAAUCGUCAUACGCGAUCGACGUGAAACAAGACGCAGUGUACCUUCGGAUCCCGAGCCCGAAUUAAGAGGAUUGAGAGGUCUUCGGCGAAACGGUAGGCGACGGAUUCCACUGGAUGGAGAGGUUGAGGAAGAGAUCAGUAUUCGGAAAUCGGACAUCCCAUCACGCCAGUCGCCGCUUCAAGUCCACACACCUCGUAUGAAACUACGAUCUCGGAGAGGCGGGCGAAUGUCAGAGGAAGAAAUAAUCCUCACACGCAGUGACAGUGAAGACUCUCUCGCUCCGGAAGACUCAAUAUCUCCAACUAGCGGGCCAUCUCUUGGUUUCAACGAUCCGUGGGAGCGGGAAACAAUUUCACUUCAUCGUCGACCUGUGCCGCUAGAAGACGAUAGCGAUAUAGCUCACAGCCACGAAAUAAGGGCUCCUUCCAUGCGUGAGAUGGAAAAAGACAUAGUGAUUGAGAGCACGCGCGUAGUAGACGAAGGCCCUACAAACACGGAUGGCUGGUCUGUGGUGCAUGCUUCAUCUCAAGACGAAGCCAUUAUGAGCGGAGCUCUGGACGUUGUUGAAGUCAAACCCCGACAUGUGCCACUGGAAGAAGUGGAAACGGGCCGGAUUGCGCAGCAGGUCACGGGCGCGGAUGAAUCGCCAAACGAUCGGUGGACCGAAAUAGCGAAGAGAUUGGUAGUGAGGGAAGCUAUUGAGCAGCUCGGAUUCGAGUAUGAAGAGACCAGAACGUGCUACUACAUCUUCUCGUACCUCAAGCCGGAGGACAUAGAUGAGCUUGUUGAAUUGACCGACGAGAUUCGAAGUGCUCGUCGUAGACGGAUCCAUGACAUCCAGCGGGAGCGCUCUGUGCCUGAUAUCAGGCCUCGCCUUAGACCUCGUGUGGGGAUGCCUCCGAGGGCAUGGUUGAUUGAGAAGCGCAUGCGAGAUAUUCGAGAUCGAGAAUGGAUGAAUUCCCGGUAA